AUGACCGCCGGAGAAUACGAACUCUUCAAGGAGGCCAAGAGGCGAGCAGCCUUCGAGAAGCAAGCGACUGUCUCUCGACCACGCCAAGCUCCUGCUGAAGCUUCUAAGGAGCCCCUCCCUGUCUCGGAUCGGGGCUCUAAGAGAAAACAGCCUGAGGCAUUUCCUCAGGUUCCUUAUCGUGAGCCCGACAUGGGGUAUUAUCAGCCAGCACAUAAAUCUGACUCGGCAUUAAAAUGGUUUGAUGGGCUACCUCAAGGAUCCAUCACCUGUUUCUUGGACUUCAAGACGGCCUUCCUGCGUCAUUUUGCUAGUAGUAAGAAAUAUCAAAAGACAGAUCACUGUCUUUUCGCUCUGAAACAAGGGUCGACCGAGCCCUUAAGAAGUUAUAUCAACCGCUUUAAUCAAGUGGCUCAGGAUGUCCCCACCGCCACUUCGGAGAUUCUAAUGAGUGUAUUCUCUCACGGAUUAGGGGAAGGAGAAUUCUUCAGAGAUCUCAUCAAAAAUCCCGCUCGAAAUUUUGAUGAAAUGGUGGAAAAAGUUGCCUGCUACAUCAAAGUAGAAGAAGCACAGGCGGCUCGGAGGAAAGCCGAAAGACCACCUCCCUCUACCAAUAAGCCGGAAAGAAGGGUGCCUCAACCACCUCCUCAACCUCUGCCGCGCGCUCAGGAGACCAGACGUACUUUCCAUCCCGGGCCGGAGAUCCGACCAGCUCCCCGAGUUGCAGCCGUGCAUGCUCCUCGACCUGGAUCAUGGAACACUCGGUAUUGCACUUAUCAUCGGUCUCGCACUCAUGAUACUAAUCAUUGUUUCAAGUUUGCGCGGGAUUUAAAGCGGGCUGCCGAGUUAGGCUUACCACCGCUAGAGCUAGCCCCUCAAGUGCUCAAGAUGAUGGAAGAGCAACAAACCACGGCUGGACAGGCCGGGCAACCUCGCCCUGACCUAGCAAGACCCAGUACACAUCAACCUGGUCGGGGGAAAGAGCCAGAAGGAGCGCGGGAAGCCGAGAAUAGAGGCAAUGACGCCGUCCGAGAAAUUGACAUGAUCUCUGGAGGGCCAACUGAUGGAGACUCGGGAAGAGCACGCAAGUCACAUGUGCACCGCUUGGAGGUUCACACUGUAGGAUGCAGCCAGGAGCAGGCUUCUGGCCCUGUUAUUAGCUUUGGGCCUGCAGACUUGGAAGGUCUGGAGCUACCUCAUGAUGAUGCCCUUAUCAUCAAAGCCAUCAUUGUCAAUAGCCGAGUGGCUUGGGUUUUUGUUGACACUGGGAGCUCGGUCAAUAUUCUGUUCAGGACUGUAUUCGAGGAGAUGUAG